AGAAUUAAAAUUUCUGGCUCAUUAAUGUAUCCAUCAGAUUGCCUUGCAACUUCCUUAAAUAUGUCAUUAUGAGAUGAGUAAGCCAUGUGAGAUUAGGAGAGGGAAGAACCUCUUAUUUAGGUAUGCCCUCUGUCUGGAGUUCCCACUGGGAAUAAGUCUCUAUUGCAGUAGGAAUGUAUCAGAAAGGCAGAGGACAUGUCCAGAAAGAGUGGCUUCACUAAUUAGGUAAUAGAAGCAAGAGGGGCUGGACCUGAGGAGCAGAACUAUGGUCCCCAGCACCAGAAUAGCAAGUGUUUGGAUGUAAGAAGUUAUCCAGUUCUCUCUUCUGCAGCAAGAUAAUUCAGGGUUCCCAGCACCUUGCCUGUAUAUUGGGGAAGAAGUUAAGGCAGCCCUUGGAAGUUCACAUAAGUUCUAGCUGUUGAAAAUUCAACUGAACAGUGUAAUCCAUUAGAACUAUAACCUGCUAGGAAUUCAAGUUUUGGCCUUAACCAGUCCAGGUUUAAUCAUAACAUCAUAUAAGGGAGUUCCCCAUCCUGGUCCUCAUGAACUAGCCUCUUCUGGCCACCGCAGUAUCCUUAGCCAGGAGUGAUGAUUUUAAUGACUCAUCGCCUUUCCAAGGUAGGGGUAUUUCCAUAAACAGGAAUAUGCUCACUUCCUUUUCUUUUUGUCGAUGAUGGGCUGCUUAUACCAGCUUCUGAAGGCCAAUGUAGGAAUUAAAUACCUCUUCACUUGUAUUCUUCCAUUAUCUUGCCCAGCAAAUACUCAGUUCAAGAGAUCUCACAUCUUCCUUAAAAGUUACGGGCUUUUUUUUUUUUUAACAUUCAUGUUUCAUUGUUUCUACCAAUGUCAGUGUACAGAAUGAAGGAAACUGACAUUUAUUAAUAUCUCGUCUCUUGCUCUGUAUUAUUUCAGGGAUUUCUUGGCUCAGUGCUUACAGUGUAAGUGCUGUGUACCCAAAUUUACCUUCGUGUAACCCUAGACUUAAGGAUCUUUCCACUAGAGUCCUGUGUUGUCAGAUGCAGGCAAAUUGUCAGGUUCACUGGAUAUGUCUGGUAAAUAGUAUUUAUAAUAGGUUUGAGUUAAUAUUGGUUCAGUAGGUUUUGAUUUCCCAAGGAUGACGGUAUGCAAGAGCUCCCUUAAUGUACAAAAUAGACCUUAGGUAAAUGGCCAUCCCAGGGAUUCAGGCUUGGAUCAGAAUUUAAGGUAAAUGAAUGAAGAUAUGAAUCAUAAUGCCUGGAAAGCAGUUCUGGACAUUUACACACACACACACACACACACACACACACACACAAACACAUCUCUACCUCCCCCCAUCAUACACACACUUAAUAGGAAAUUAGGCACAUAAAGCCUUGUCUAGGAAAAUUUAAUCCUUUCAAUAGCUAAAUAAAAAAGGAACUGGCAGACGAUGGGUACAAAAAUAUUACUAGGGAAAAAAAAUGUUGCACCACGCUGGCGGGUAAUCCCCGUGUCGGUGUGAUGUGCUAGCUUGGAAUUGUUUUCUGCCGCUGUCAUGGUUCGUUCACUAAACUGCAUCAUCGCUGUGUCCCAGAACAUGGGCAUUGGCAAGAACGGCGACCUGCCCUGGCCCCCGCUCAGGAAUGAAUACAGGUAUUUCCAAAGAAUGACCACAACCUCUUCACUAGAAGGUAAACAGAAUUUGGUGAUUAUGGGUAGGAAGACCUGGUUCUCCUUUCCAGAGAAGAAUCGACCUUUAAAGAGCAGAAUUAAUAUAGUUCACAGUAGAGAACUCAAGGAACCUCCACAGGGAGUGCAUUUUCUUGCCAAAAGUCUGGAUGAUACCUUAAAACUUACUGAGCAACCAGAAUUAACAAAUAAAGUGGACAUGGUUUGGAUAGUGGGAGGCAGUUCUGUUUACAAGGAAGCCAGGAACAAGCCAGGCCAUCUUAGUCUAUUUGUGACAAGGAUCAUGCAGGAAUUUGAAGGUGACACCAUUUUUCCAGAAAUUGAUUUGGAAAAAUAUAAACUCCUCCCAGAAUAUCCAGGGGUUCCUUCUGAUGUCCAGGAGGAGAAAGACAUUAAGUACAAAUUUGAAGUAUAUGAAAAGAACAAUUAAUCUGAAAAUGUUUUGUGAUCUAUUUCAAGCCUCCUCCUCCCCCCCCAAAAAAAUUAUGUAUUUUUUCUUGUAGAGACUUUUGUUGACUUUAGAUCUGUGUAUAAUUAUUUCUAAACAAAGUACUUUUAUUCCGCAUCAAUCUUAACUAGACUGUGUCAGAUACCAUUUGUGAAGCAUUUCUUGCUGUAACUGCCUGAAUGCCCAUCAAGGGUCAAGAAUAGGUUACCAGAACCUGCCUAGGAUAGAAUAUCUACCGAGACAGCCCAAAGUGGGAGAGUCCCCUGGUAGCCUGAGUUGAAACCAAAGCCUGUAGAGCUAGGAGCUAGGCAGUUGGAUCCACAGGUCAGAAAUGGAUUAUAAACAGAAGAGCUAGCAUUCAGUUAUUAAAGUUAGAUCAAAAGAGGGACUGUGAAUUACCUUAUAUCACACUUCUGGAAAAAAUUCUGUUCACUUUGACUGGGAGUGAAUAAGUUGAAAACUCCAGGGUAUUCCACAGGGAUAGUAAAGAGGCAGGUACGAGACUACCUUUUCGGUGGUUAAAGGAGAUGGUCUGAGACCUUAAAAAACUUUGUUUCUGAUGUUCAGUGAGAUCCCAUGGGGUGUUACAAUGAUAAAACAAGAAUUGGCUGCUCUUUACAAAAAAGAAUAAUCUAAUAUCAAGCAUGAUGGCUAAAAUUAAAAAUUCAAAGAGGUAAUAAAUUGAGAGUGAAUAUUGCUAGAAACCAAAAUUAGUAAGUUAGAAACUAAACUUCACAAAAUUAAAAAAUGAAAAUUAAAACAUUUUACCCAUCACAUUAGCAAAGAUUUAGAUUAAGUAUCCCCCCCCAAAAAAAUAGCUUUUUCUGCCUUAUAAAGUGGUACAACUUUUUAGAGUGUAAGUUAGCAAUAUCAAUUAAAAUUCAAAAUAUUCUGGGUUUGGACCCAGAACUUCCACUUCUAGAAAUUAAUCCUGAGCAAAGAAAUGGACCCAAGAGUAUUUGUUGCAACUUUUUUUUUCAAACUUGGAAACAGCCCAAAUGUUGAUUAAUAAGAAAUAACUAACCAGUAUGUCUAUAAAAUAUAACAUCUGCAGCAGUUAAAAAGAAUGAAGUACUGACAGAAAAAUGCCAAAAAUUGCUAAGUAAAAGAAGCAAAUUGUUUAUAAUACUCAAAAUGUUUAAUAAAUGUUCAUGUGUGGGGAAAAAGCAAAAAAUAAAAAAACACAGGAAAAAAUAUAAAAGAGAGCAACAAAUUUGUCAACAGUUGAAGAGCACUUAUUAUAAAAUAUAAUAAUGGAGAACAUAUAUGAAAGUUGUGACGUGACAUUUUAUUACGCAUUUAAAAUUUUGAUAUGGUGGUUUCUAACACAGUGUUGAAGGAGAAUAAGAAGGUUGAGGGCCUGAUAUUACCCAACUUCAAAAGCUACUAUAAAGCUAUAGUAAUCAAGACAGUGUGGGAUUGGCAAAAAAAAAAAAAAAAAAAAAAAGACAAAUAGAUAAAUGGAACAGAAUAGAGAGCCCAGAAAUAGACCUCCAUAAAUAUUUUCAGCUGAUCUUUGACAAAAAAGCAAAGGCAGUACAAUGUAGGAAAGAUAUCUCUUCAACAGAUGGUGAUAGAACAACCGGACAUCUGUAUGCAGAAAAAUGAAUCUGGGUUUAGAGCUUACACUCUUCACAAGUAUUAACUCAAAAUGGAUCACUGACCUAAAUGCAAAUACAAAACUAUAAAACUCCUAGAAGAUAAGACAGGAGAAAACCUAAAUUACCUUGGGUAUGAUGAUGCCUUUUUAGAUACAACACCAAAGCACAAUCUAGGAAAGAAAUAAUGGAUAGUUCAGACUUUAUUAAAAACUCCUCUGAAAUUCAAUAUCAAGAGAAUUAGAAGACAAACCUCAGUCUGGGAGAAAAUAUAUGAAGAAGAUACAUCUGUAAAGGAUUCUUACCCAAAAUAUACAAAGAACCCUCAAAACUGAACAGUAAGAAAAUAAACAACGCCGUUUAAUAAUGUGCCAAAGACCUUAACAGAAUCUCACUGAAGUAGAUAUACAGAUGGCAAAUAAGCAUAUGAAAAGAUGCUCCGCAUCAUAUGUCAUCAGAAAAUACAAAUUAAAAUAACAAUGAGAUAUCACUACAUACCCAUUAGAAUAGUCAAAUUCUGGAACACUACCACCAAAUGCUGGUGGGGAUGUGGAAAAACAGCAACUCUCAUCCACUGCUCUGGGAAUGA